GGAGCUGCACACUAAAGGUUUUUCACCUUCAUGCAUAGAAUCCAUGAUGAGAUUGCGGACCUUUGGGGAGCAGAGGGGGGGGGGGAGGAGCGGGUACCCGAAUUUGACAGGUACCAGCUCCCACUUCUGCGGAGUUGUCUUCCCUCCCCGCCUUCUGGGACAGGUGCCAUGUCCCAGAAGACUGCCGAACCAUUCACAAAGCACAGCGCUUCUUGCUUUAUGUGCAGUGGGCACCCAGCUGUGAAGCCACAAGCUGUCACAGUCGGGUGCCCACACUAAAGAUGCCGGCACCGGGAAGAGAAGACGGUGAGGACAGCGCUGGACCAAGGAACAGGUAGGACCAAGGAGCACAGAAGAGCC